AUGGCAAUGCAAUCUAUGCUUAUGGGAAAACAAGCUCAUCCUUCACUCCACAUCCGAGCCACCAUCUUGGAUCUCCCACUGCGCAAUUCUUGGACAACUUCGAAAGACAAGGUUGUCGUGGUCAUGGGAGCCACAGGGACCGGCAAGUCCAGACUCUCUGUCGACCUCGCGAUGCGAUUCAACGGGGAGAUCAUCAAUUCCGACAAAAUGCAAGUGUAUGAAGGGCUAGACAUUGUCACAAACAAGAUUUCCGAGGAAGAGGCUUCUGGCGUGCCUCACCACCUCAUUGGAAUAGUCCCUUCCCAUGCAGAUUUCACAUGCACUGAUUUUUGUAACACUGUUUCUGGAAAAAUGGAUGACAUUGUGGCUCGAAAACGCCUCCCCAUCAUUGCUGGAGGCUCGAAUAAUUACAUCAAGGCUCUCAUUGACAAUGAGGCUUAUGGCUUUCGGUCCAAGUACGAGUGCUGUUAUCUUUGGGUGGACGUCUCAAUGUCCGUGCUCUAUGAGUCCUUGGCGAAGCGCGUUGAUCAGAUGGUUGACAGAGGAAUGAUUGAGGAGGCUAGGCAAUUCUUCAAGCCAAACGCUGAUUACUCCAAGGGGGUGCUGAGGUCCAUUGGCGGACCCGAGUUUGUUGAGUACUUUCGGCUUGAGGCAUCCGUUGAUGAAGAAACCCGAGUCAGGCUGCUGAAAGAAGCAUUGGAUGAGGUGAAGAUCAACACGUGUAGACUGGCUCGUCGCCAGGUGGAGAAGAUCUUGGCGCUGAAAUAUGAGAAAGGCUGGAACAUCCACAGGCUUGACGCGACCAAAGUGUACCAGAAGCAUGGCAAGAAGUGUGGCGAGGCAUGGGAGGAGCUGGUUUUAAGGCCAAGCAUGGAAAUCAUUAGCCAGUUUCUCUCCAGUAGUCAUGGCUUGUGCAACUCAAUGGAACUCCAUCUCAACUGA